CUCAGUAGCACCCGCGCCGCCGUCGCAUUACCAGUGCAGUCUCGCGUCUCUCGCCCGCCCUCACACCCACCCACCUGAGAGCCUCCAACACACACCCAGGCUCACAUACACACCUUCUGCCACUUGUUGGGGUCGCAGCCCCCUGUUGACGGAAGUGUCAGCACAGUGCCACCCCUGCCAAAAGUUUGACAAGUGUUUUCUAGUGACAGUUUUUAGCGAGGAUUACUACAUUCAUUCAUGUAAGGAUGCAGACGGUGCUAGGAGAGCUACUGGAGUCUCCUUACAAGUAAACAUCAUGCCAUGUGCACAUCUUCCACACUGUCGCAUAAUAAAUAUCAAGGCUUAAGAUGGUGUUUGGAUGGUUAACCAAGUAUUUUCAUUAUUAGUGUUGUUUGGAAAGUACGAGCCUAGUGCUCUAAUUUAUACAUUAAGUGAAAUGUUGGUGUAUUCUAGUGCAAAGUGUGUGUUAGUGCAGCAUGGGUAAUAGUGAAGGAAAGGCUACCCAAGGAAGAAGGCAUGUAAAGCCACCAUACAGUACUGCACGACCACUGCCACCACUACCCAGUGACGACGAGGAGGAGGCAGACGAUUUAAACCUUGACACACCGCCCCCAUAUCCACCUCCACCGCCCCCAGGACAGGAAUACAAGCGGUACUCCUGGCGGCUCAGGGACUCCGCCGUCUUUGGUCAAGGCGACAGCAAGAGGCGCUCGUGGCUACUAAAUUUUUCCAACGACAGCGACAACGACAAGAAAACAAAGGGUAAACUGACAAAAGACGGUAAGGAUGUCAAUGAUGUUCACAUAAACACAGGUGCAGGUAGCAGGGAGAUAGUGAGUGUUCCCGGUGUGAGAAUCGCGACUCACGAGCCUCAGUUAGACAUGCAGAGUGAAGGCUCAUGGAACCUUCAGAGUAAAGUAGAAACAGAUAAGAAUAUGAGUGGCAAGACUCAGUUGUACACAUACCACAUAACAGGUAAAGACUCCAGUAUGGAUUCAGAGGGAAGAGAACCGGGUCAUCCGACCUGGCAGAUAAGAGACGGCAAACUCAUCAGUGUCACCAAGGACAUUGUCAGAGGAGAGGACAAUGAUGCCCCCGGAUACAGUCUUCUCCACGAAUGCGUCCAACACGACCAGAGGACUGGCAUACCGUCCCUGGAUAUUAGUACCAAAGCGAACAUGAAUGAGGAAUUGAAAAAUGUCAUUGAUGAAUUACGAGGAAAACCCCACGUAGACAGCAAAACCACCAUCAAAACUGUUUCAGACGGUAAGGGUGGGUUUGUCACAGUUACAACCACUGAAAAGACUCUUUCCUCUCAAGUCAGCAUUAAUGGGAGAGACAUUAGAUCAACUCCAAAUGAUUCGUUGAGUAAACUUGAAGCAGAACUAACUGCUCUGCUCUCCCCCGAGUUAGAUACUCAUACUUCUCUAGCCAGUGAAAAUGGGAUGGGAUCAGGGAUACACAGUAAUGGGGACAUGGUAGGUAGUAGUCAGAGUUACAGUUCACAUGUACAGCAAGGUUACAGCAUAUCUAUGACACCAAAUCUUCCUUUGCCUGACAUACAAGAAUUCUCAAGAAAAGGUGUUCCACUGCUUCCAGAUCUUGUUAAGGGAGAUGGAAGGACAGGUUUUGAAGUUAAGAGUUCACCAGGAAGCGCUAGCAUGGCCUUUAAUAAUGAGAUAAAUCUGAACACCUCUGGGCAUAGAGCCGAUCUCAGGUUUGAUGGGUGGGGUCCAGACCGGGCUCUUGGGUUUGAUAAUACAACCCAACCUCUUUACCCAAAGUGCGGGGAUAAUUUAGAUUUGAGAGCUGAUGCACCAAACAUAAAAGGUGAUGUUAGAGGAGAUUACUCAGUAACUGGAGAGAGCUCAGGCUCCCAGGUUAUAGGUUCAGUAAAGAGUGACAGGUUGAGAAUUGGUGCCCCAGAGGUUGAUGUGAGUAUACCAUGUAGCCUUCCAAGUGGUGAGAUGCAGGGUACAGUUAAAAUGCCUUCUGCUGAAGUGUCAGCAGUUGAGGGAGAAAGCCCUGCUGUUGAUGCCAGUAUUAGCGUCACUUCACCUAAAAUAAAGGUGAAAGGAGAAAAGCCCAAGGUAAAACUUGGUUCAUGCUUUGGAAAACCUAAAAGCCCUGAAACGGAAGAUGAAUAUAAACAAAGCCAAUUUGAUACUGAAGGAUCUAAAGCAAGUGUUAGUGCGAGUGUCCAACCACCCGUGGCUAAGGCUGAGGCAAGUCUUCAUGCUCCUGAUGUAAAACUAAAAGAAGGAAAACCAAAGAGCAAAUUUGGAUCUUGCUUUGGUAAACCAGAAAGUGCUAAAGUUAAAGGUGAAUACGAACCAGGCACAAUAGACCUGGAAGGGCCAGAAACUGGUGAUAGUGCCACUAUAAAACCACCUUCAGCACAGGCUGACAUUGACUUGAGCUCCAGUGAGCUAAGGGUAAGAUCGAAUAUCCCAGAUUUUGAUAUCGAAGUAGAUUCUCGUAAAGUGAAAGGAAAAGCUGAGAAACCAAAGCCUAAACUAGGUUCGUGUUUCGGCAAACCCAAAACACCUAAAAUUGAAGGUGAGUAUACACCAGGUAAGGCUGAAAUUGAAGGACCAGAAGUGGGAGGAAGUGCAAGUAUGGAGCCUCUUCAGAUGGAAGGUAAUAUAGAGGUUGAUGCACCUGAGAUUAAAGUAAAAUCAGGUAAACCAAGUGCUGCCAUAGACGUUGAUUCCCCUGAGGUGAAGGUGAAAGCAGGAAAACCAAAAGCUAACUUAGGAUCAUGUUUUGGUAAACCAAAGACUCCCCAAGUUGAGGGUGAAUACAAGCCAGGUAAGGUUGAACCGGAAGGUCCAGAAGCCAGUGUUGGUGCUAGUCUUAGUUCUCCUGAAGCUAAGGCUGAUAUUAGCAUUGAUACUCCAGAUGUAAAAGUGGAAGGAGGUAAGCCAAAAGCCAAACUGGGGUCUUGUUUCGGUAAACCCAAGAGUCCCAAAGUUGAGGGAGAGUACAAGCCUGGCAAACUUGAACUUGAAGGUUCUGAAAUCAGUGCUGGAGCAAGUGUCAAAACACCUGAAGCUAAGGCUGAUAUUGAUGUUGACUCACCAGAUAUGAAAGUGAAAGGUGGAAAAGGAACUGGAAAGCCCAAGGGAAAAUUAGGAUCAUGCUUCAGCAAACCCAAGGGACCUGAAAUUGAAGCUUCCUACCAACCUGGAAAGCUGAAAUUUGAAGGUCCUGAAGUACCAAAAGUGAAAGCUGAAGUUCCUUCCAUAGGAGGUCCAGUGGAAGUGGAAUCACCUAAGCUUAAUCUUCAUCCCUCUCUAGACAUAGAUUUACCAAAGCUUCCCGAGGUACAUGGAGGAAUUGGACUAGAUAUUGAUGUACCGAAGAUUGAACCAUCACUCAGGAUUGAAGGUGAUAUUCCAGAUGUACCCAAAGUUGAAACCGAAUUCAGAGUCAAAGGAAGCACAGUUCCUCCUGUAAAACCAGUUGAAAUUAAUGUUGAUAUGCCGGAAUUUACACCAACAUUACUAAUGAAAGGUGAUAUUCCCGAUUUACCCAAAGUAGAAGCAGAACUUGGAGGCAAAGCUGGUUUUCCAGACAUGGAAAUUAAAGGCAAAAUUCUUGAACCUCCGAGAAUUAAGGGUGAUUUAAGUAUUGAUGGAGAAGCACAAAUAAGUCAGGAAGGGUAUAUUCCAAAAUUACCAACCGAAAAAGCAAGGUUAGACAUAAGUGGAUCUAUACCAACUGUUUCUGGAAAAGUAAAAGGAAUGGACAUUACAUUGCCAGAUAUUUCAAGUCCAAAAUUUGAAUCGGAAAUUACAGGUGACUUACCAUCAGUUGAACUCCCAAAAGCUGAGAUUUCCCUUCCUUCAGGUCCCACAUUACCAGCUGCUGAGAUUAAGGGAAAAGUAGAGGCACCAGAGUUAUCUGGAAGUAUAAUGGUGCCACAACCUGAGCUUAAAGCCAAGAAAGCCAAACUUGGUCCAUGUGCCUGUCUUGGUAAACCAGGUAAAGUUAAAAUGGAAGAACCAUACAUGUCUGCCGAAGUAGGAGGGAAAGCAAAGGGAGAAUUAAAAGACAUAGAUGCUGAACUGGAAAUUAAAAAUGAAGGAUUAAAGUUGGAAGGUCCAGAAGCACACGCCUCUGCUAGUGUGGAAGCUCCAGAGUUAAAGAAAGGCAAAGUUAAAGUGUCUGGAAAACCCAAAGCAUCUCUAGGGUCCUGUUUUGGUAAACCAAAGACACCAUCUGUAAGUGGAGAAUAUAGAGCUGAUGCUGGUGUAGAAGGAUCUGUAUCUGUUGAUCCUCAUGUUAAAGUUGAGGGUAAAGGUGUUGCUGGUCCCAGUGUUAGUGUUGCAGUACCUGAAGGAAAGGCUAAAGUUGAUAUUGAUUCUCCUGAUGUGAAAGUGAAAGCAGGGAAGCCCAAAGCUAAAAUUGGAUCUUGUUUUGGAAAACCUAAAAGUCCAGAAAUUGAAGGAGAAUAUAAACCAGGUAAACUUGAGGGUCCAGAAGCAAGUGUUGAAGCCAGUAUUAAAUCACCAGAAGUAAAGGGUGACAUCAGUGUUGAGUCUCCAGACAUUAAAGUAAAAGGAGAAAAGCCAAAAGCUAAACUGGGAUCCUGUUUUGGAAAACCAAAGAGUCCCAAAGUUGAAGGUGAAUAUAAACCAGGGAAAGUUGACAUUGAAGGUCCAGAACUUGAAGGAAGUGCUAGUAUAGAACCUCUUGAAGUGAGAGGUGAUAUAGAUGUUGAUGCACCUGAGAUUAAAGUAAAAUCAGGUAAACCAAGUGCUGCCAUAGACAUUGAUUCCCCUGAUGUGAAGGUGAAGGCAGGAAAACCAAAAGCUAAAUUAGGAUCAUGUUUCGGUAAACCAAAGACUCCCCAAGUUGAAGGAGAAUAUAAGCCAGUUAAAGUUGAAGUGGAAGGUCCAGAAGCCAGUGUUGGUGGUAGUCUUACCUCUCCUGAAGCUAAAGCUGAUAUUAGCAUUGAUACUCCAGAUGUGAAAGUUAAAGGAGGUAAACCGAAAGCUAAACUUGGAUCAUGUUUUGGUAAACCCAAGAGUCCCAAAGUUGAGGGAGAGUACAAACCUGGGAAACUUGAACUUGAAGGUCCUGAAAUCAGUGCUGGAGCAAGUGUCAAAACACCUGAAGCUAAGGCUGAUAUUGAUAUUGACUCUCCAGAUGUCAAAGUGAAAGGUGGAAAAGGAAUUGGAAAACCAAAAGCAAGCCUAGGAUCAUGCUUUGGCAAACCAAAAGGACCAAAACUUGAAGCUGCCUACCAACCUGGGGAACUGAAGUUUGAAGGUCCUGAAGUAACAAAAGUGAAAGCUGAAGUUCCUUCAAUAGAAGGAAAAGUGGAAGUGAAACCACCAAAACUUGAUAUUAGUCCCUCAUUAGAUGUGGAACUUCCAAAACUUCCCGAAGGAAAGGGAGGAAUUAGAUUAGAUAUUGAUGCUCUAAAACUUGAGCCAUCACUCAAAAUUGAAGGUGAUAUUCCAGAUUUGCCCAGAGUUGAAGCUGAACUGGGAGGCAAAGCUAAUAUUCCGGACAUAGAUAUCAAACGUAAAAUUCCUGAAGGUCAAGGAAUUAAUGCUGAAGUGAAUGUCGAUGGUGCAUUACCUGAAAUAAGCCUAGAAGGAGAUAUUCCAGAAUUCCCAAAGGCAAAGGCCAGUUUGGACUUAAGUGGACAUAUUCCCAGUGUCUCUGGAGAUGUGAAAGGAAUAAAUAUUUCAUUGCCGGAUAUUCCAAGUCCAAAAGUUGAAGCAGAAAUUGCAGGUGACUUACCAUCAGUUGAACUCCCGAAAGCUGAGAUUUCCCUUCCUUCAGGUCCCACAUUACCAGCUGCUGAGAUUAAGGGAGAAGUAGAGGCACCAGAGUUAUCUGGAAGUUUAAAGGUGCCACAACCUGAGCUUAAAGCCAAGAAAGCCAAACUUGGUCCAUGUGCCUGUCUGGGUAAAUCAGGUAAAGUUAAAAUGGAAGAACCAUACAUGUCUGCCGAAGUAGGAGGGAAAGCUAAGGGACAAUUAAAAGACAUAGAUGCUGAACUGGAAAUUAAAAAUGAAGGAUUAAAGUUGGAAGGUCCAGAAGCACACGCCUCUGCUAGUGUGGAAGCUCCAGAGUUAAAGAAAGGCAAAGUUAAAGUGUCUGGAAAACCCAAAGCAUCUCUAGGGUCCUGUUUUGGUAAACCAAAGACACCAUCUGUAAGCGGAGAAUAUAGAGCUGAUGCUGGUGUAGAAGGUUCUGUGUCUGUUGAUCCUCAUAUCAAAGUUGAGGGUAAAGGUGUUGCUGGUCCCGGUGUUAGUGUUGCAGUGCCUGAAGGAAAGGCUAAAGUUGAUAUUGAUUCUCCUGAUGUGAAAGUGAAAGCAGGGAAGCCCAAAGCUAAAAUUGGAUCUUGUUUUGGAAAACCCAAAGGUCCAGAAAUUGAAGGAGAAUAUAAACCAGGUAAACUUGAGGGUCCAGAAGCAAGUGUUGAAGCCAGUAUUAAAUCACCAGAAGUAAAGGGUGACAUCAGUGUUGAGUCUCCAGACAUUAAAGUGAAAGGAGGAGAACCAAAAGCUAAACUGGGAUCCUGUUUUGGAAAAGCAAAAAGUCCCAAAGUUGAAGGUGAAUAUAAACCAGGGAAAGUUGACAUUGAAGGUCCAGAACUUGAAGGAAGUGCUAGUAUAGAACCUCUUGAAGUGAGAGGUGAUAUAGAUGUUGAUGCACCUGAGAUUAAAGUAAAAUCAGGUAAACCAAGUGCUGCCAUAGACAUUGAUUCCCCUGAUGUGAAGGUGAAGGCAGGAAAACCAAAAGCUAAGUUAGGAUCAUGUUUCGGUAAACCAAAGACUCCCAAAGUUGAGGGUGAAUACAAGCCAGGUAAGGUUGAAGUGGAAGGUCCAGAAGCCAGUGUUGGUGGUAGUCUUAGCUCUCCUGAAGCUAAGGCUGAUAUUAGCAUUGAUACUCCAGAUGUGAAAGUUAAAGGAGGUAAACCAAAAGCUAAACUUGGAUCAUGUUUUGGUAAACCCAAGAGUCCCAAAGUUGAGGGAGAGUACAAACCUGGCAAACUUGAGCUUGAAGGUCCUGAAAUCAGUGCUGGAGCAAGUGUCAAAACACCUGAAGCUAAGGCUGAUAUUGAUAUAGACUCUCCAGAUGUCAAAGUGAAAGGUGGAAAAGGAAUUGGAAAACCAAAAGCAAGCCUAGGAUCAUGCUUUGGCAAACCCAAAGGACCAAAAUUUGAAGCUGCCUACCAACCUGGGGAACUGAAGUUUGAAGGUCCUGAAGUACCAAAAGUAAAAGCUGAAGUUCCUUCAAUAGAAGGAAAAGUGGAAGUGGAACCACCAAAACUUGACAUCAGUCCAUCAGUAGACGUGGAACUUCCAGAACUUCCUGAAGUAAAGGGAGGAAUUGGAUUAGAUAUUGAUGUUCCAAAACUUGAGCCAUCACUCAGGAUUGAAGGUGAUAUUCCAGAUUUACCCAAAGUUGAAGCUGAGCUGGGAGGCAAAGCUAAUAUUCCAGAUAUAGAUAUAAAAGGUAAAAUUCCUAAAACUCGAGGAAUUAAUGCAGAAGUGAAUGUCGAUGGUGCAUUACCUGAAAUACGCCUUGAAGGAGAUAUUCCAGAAUUCCCAAAGGCAAAAGCCAGUUUGGACUUAAGUGGACAUAUUCCCAGUGUCUCUGGAGAUGUGAAAAAAAUAAAUAUAACAUUGCCAGAUAUUCCAAGUCCAAAAGUUGAAGCAGAAAUUGCAGGUGACUUACCAUCAGUUGAACUCCCGAAAGCUGAGAUUUCCCUUCCUUCAGGCCCCACAUUACCAGCUGCUGAGAUUAAGGGAGAAGUAGAGGCACCAGAGUUAUCUGGAAGUUUAAAGGUGCCACAACCUGAGCUUAAAGCCAAGAAAGCCAAACUUGGUCCAUGUGCCUGUCUGGGUAAAUCAGGUAAAGUUAAAAUGGAAGAACCAUACAUGUCUGCCGAAGUAGGAGGGAAAGCAAAGGGAGAAUUAAAAGACAUAGAUGCAGAGCUGGAAAUUAAAAAUGAAGGAUUAAAGUUGGAAGGUCCAGAAGCACACGCCUCUGCUAGUGUAGAAGCUCCAGAGUUAAAGAAAGGCAAAGUUAAAGUGUCUGGAAAACCCAAAGCAUCUCUAGGGUCCUGUUUUGGUAAACCAAAGACACCAUCUGUAAGCGGAGAAUAUAGAGCUGAUGCUGGUGUAGGAGGAUCUGUAUCAGUUGAUCCUCAUGUUAAAGUUGAGGGUAAAGGUGUUGCUGGUCCCAGUGUUAGUGUUGCAGUACCUGAAGGAAAGGCUAAAGUUGAUAUUGAUUCUCCUGAUGUGAAAGUGAAAGCAGGGAAGCCCAAAGCUAAAAUUGGAUCUUGUUUUGGAAAACCCAAAAGUCCAGAAAUUGAAGGAGAAUAUAAACCAGGUAAACUUGAGGGUCCAGAAGCAAGUGUUGAAGCCAGUAUUAAAUCACCAGAAGUAAAGGGUGACAUCAGUGUUGAGUCUCCAGACAUUAAAGUGAAAGGAGGAAAGCCAAAAGCUAAACUGGGAUCCUGUUUUGGAAAACCAAAGAGUCCCAAAGUUGAAGGUGAAUAUAAACCAGGGAAAGUUGACAUUGAAGGUCCAGAACUUGAAGGAAGUGCUAGUAUAGAACCUCUUGAAGUGAGAGGUGAUAUAGAUGUUGAUGCACCUGAGAUUAAAGUAAAAUCAGGUAAACCAAGUGCUGCCAUAGACAUUGAUUCCCCUGAUGUGAAGGUGAAGGCAGGAAAACCAAAAGCUAAAUUAGGAUCAUGUUUCGGUAAACCAAAGACUCCCCAAGUUGAGGGUGAAUACAAGCCAGGUAAGGUUGAAGUGGAAGGUCCAGAAGCCAGUGUUGGUGGUAGUCUUAGCUCUCCUGAAGCUAAAGCUGAUAUUAGCAUUGAUACUCCAGAUGUGAAAGUUAAAGGAGGUAAACCAACAGCUAAAUUUGGAUCUUGUUUCGGUAAGCCAAAAAGUCCCAAAAUUGAAGGUGAAUAUAAACCAGGAAAAGUUGAGAUUGAAGGACCGGAACUGGGAGGAAGUGCCAGUAUAGAACCUCUUGAAGCCCGAGCUGAUAUUGGUGUAGACGUACCUGAACUUAAAGUAAGUGCAGGUGCACCAAUUGCAGAAGUCAGUGGAGAUUCUCCAGAGGUGAAGGUGAAAGCAGGAAAACCAAAAGCUAAAUUAGGAUCAUGUUUCGGUAAACCGAAGACUCCCAAAGUUGAAGGUGAAUACAAACCAGGUAAGGUUGAAGUGGAAGGUCCAGAAGCCAGUGUUGGUGGUAGUCUUAGCUCUCCUGAAGCUAAGGCUGAUAUUAUCAUUGAUACUCCAGAUGUGAAAGUUAAAGGAGGUAAACCAAAAGCUAAACUUGGAUCAUGUUUUGGUAAACCCAAGAGUCCCAAAGUUGAGGGAGAGCACAAACCUGGGAAAAUUGAACUUGAAGGUCCUGAAAUCAGUGCUGGAGCAAGUGUCAAAACACCUGAAGCUAAGGCUGAUAUUGAUGUUGACUCACCAGAUGUCAAAGUGAAAGGUGGAAAAGGAAUUGGAAAGCCAAAAAUAAAGUUUGGAUCUUGUUUUGGCAAACCCAAGGGACCUAAAAUUGAAGCUGCCUACCAGCCUGGAGAACUGAAGUUUGAGGGUCCUGAAGUACCAAAAGUGAAAGCUGAAGUUCCUUCAAUAGAAGGAAAAGUGGAAGUGAAACCACCAAAACUUGACAUCAGUCCAGUAGACGUGGAACUUCCAGAACUUCCUGAAGUAAAGGGAGGAAUUGGAUUAGAUAUUGAUGUUCCAAAACUUGAGCCAUCACUCAAGAUUGAAGGUGAUAUUCCAGAUUUACCCAAAGUUGAAGCUGAACUGGGAGGCAAAGCUAAUAUUCCAGAUAUAGAUAUAAAAGGUCAAAUUCCUAAUGCUCAAGGAAUUAAUGCUGAAGUGAAUGUCGAUGGUGCAUUACCUGAAAUAAGCCUUGAAAGAGAUGUUCCAGAAUUACCAAAGGCAAAAGCCAGUUUGGACUUAAGUGGACAUAUUCCCAGUGUCUCUGGAGAUGUGAAAGGAAUAAAUAUAACAUUGCCAGAUAUUCCAAGUCCAAAAGUUGAAGCAGAAAUUGCAGGUGACUUACCAUCAGUUGAACUCCCGAAAGCUGAGAUUUCCCUUCCUUCAGGCCCCACAUUACCAGCUGCUGAAAUUAAGGGAGAAGUAGAGGCACCGGAGUUAUCUGGAAGUAUAAAGGUGCCACAACCUGAGCUUAAAACCAAGAAAGCCAAACUUGGUCCAUGUGCCUGUCUGGGUAAAUCAGGUAAAGUUAAAAUGGAAGAACCAUACAUGUCUGCCGAAGUAGGAGGGAAAGCAAAGGGAGAAUUAAAAGACAUAGAUGCAGAGCUGGAAAUUAAAAAUGAAGGAUUAAAGUUGGAAGGUCCAGAAGCACACGCCUCUGCUAGUGUGGAAGCUCCAGAGUUAAAGAAAGGCAAAGUUAAAGUGUCUGGAAAACCCAAAGCAUCUCUAGGGUCCUGUUUUGGUAAACCAAAGACACCAUCUGUAAGCGGAGAAUAUAGAGCUGAUGCUGGUGUAGAAGGAUCUGUAUCUGUUGAUCCUCAUGUUAAAGUUGAGGGUAAAGGUGUUGCUGGUCCCAGUGUUAGUGUUGCAGUGCCUGAAGGAAAGGCUAAAGUUGAUAUUGAUUCUCCUGAUGUGAAAGUGAAAGCAGGGAAGCCCAAAGCAAAAAUUGGAUCUUGUUUUGGAAAACCUAAAAGUCCGGAAAUUGAAGGAGAAUAUAAACCAGGUAAACUUGAGGGUCCAGAAGCAAGUGUUGAAGCCAAUAUUAAAUCACCAGAAGUAAAGGGUGACAUCAGUGUUGAGUCUCCAGAUAUUAAAGUGAAAGGAGGAAAGCCUAAAGCUAAACUGGGAUCCUGUUUUGGAAAACCAAAGAGUCCCAAAGUUGAAGGUGAAUAUAAACCAGGGAAAGUUGACAUUGAAGGUCCAGAACUUGAAGGAAGUGCUAGUAUAGAACCUCUUGAAGUGAGAGGUGAUAUAGAUGUUGAUGCACCUGAGAUUAAAGUAAAAGCAGGUAAACCAAGUGUUGCCAUAGACAUUGAUUCCCCUGAGGUGAAGGUGAAGGCAGGAAAACCAAAAGCUAAAUUAGGAUCAUGUUUCGGUAAACCAAAGACUCCCCAAGUUGAGGGUGAAUACAAGCCAGGUAAGGUUGAAGUGGAAGGUCCAGAAGCCAGUGUUGGUGGUAGUCUUAGCUCUCCUGAAGCUAAAGCUGAUAUUAGCAUUGAUACUCCAGAUGUGAAAGUUAAAGGAGGUAAACCAACAGCUAAAUUUGGAUCUUGUUUCGGUAAGCCAAAAAGUCCCAAAAUUGAAGGUGAAUAUAAACCAGGAAAAGUUGAGAUUGAAGGACCGGAACUGGGAGGAAGUGCCAGUAUAGAACCUCUUGAAGCCCGAGCUGAUAUUGGUGUAGACGUACCUGAACUUAAAGUAAGUGCAGGUGCACCAAGUGCAGAUGUCAGUGUAGAUUCUCCUAAGGUGAAGGUGAAAGCAGGAAAACCAAAAGCUAAAUUAGGAUCAUGUUUCGGUAAACCAAAGACUCCCAAAGUUGAAGGUGAAUACAAACCAGGUAAGCUUGAACUGGAAGGUCCAGAAGCCAGUGUUGGUGGUAGUCUUAGCUCUCCUGAGGCUAAGGCUGAUAUUAGCAUUGAUACUCCAGAUGUGAAAGUUAAAGGAGGUAAACCAAAAGCUAAACUUGGAUCAUGUUUCGGUAAACCCAAGAGUCCCAAAGUUGAGGGAGAGUACAAACCUGGGAAACUUGAACUUGAAAGUCCUGAAAUCAGUGCUGGAGCAAGUGUCAAAACACCUGAAGCUAAGGCUGAUAUUGAUAUUGACUCACCAGAUGUCAAAGUGAAAGGUGGAAAAGGAAUUGGAAAGCCAAAAGUAAAGUUUGGAUCUUGUUUUGGCAAACCCAAGGGACCUAAAAUUGAAGCCGCCUACCAGCCUGGAGAACUGAAGUUUGCAGGACCUGAAGUACCAAAAGUGAAAGCUGAAGUUCCUUCAAUAGAAGGAAAAGUGGAAGUGAAACCACCAAAACUUGAUAUCAGUCCAUCAGUAGAUGUGGAACUUCCAGAACUUCCUGAAUUAAAGGGAGGAAUUGGACUAGAUAUUGAUGUUCCAAAACUUGAGCCAUCACUCAAGAUUGAAGGUGAUAUUCCAGAUUUACCCAAAGUUGAAGCUGAGCUGGGAGGCAAAGCUAAUAUUCCAGAUAUAGAUGUAAAAGGUAAAAUUCCUAAGGCUCAAGGAAUUAAUGCAGAAGUGAAUGUCGAUGGUACAUUACCUGAAAUAAGCCUAGAAGGAGAUAUUCCAGAAUUACCAAAGGCAAAAGCCAGUUUGGACUUAAGUGGACAUAUUCCCAGUGUCUCUGGAGAUGUGAAAGGAAUAAAUAUUUCAUUGCCAGAUAUUCCAAGUCCAAAAGUUGAAGCAGAAAUUGCAGGUGACUUACCAUCAGUUGAACUCCCGAAAGCAGAGAUUUCCCUUCCUUCAGGCCCCACAUUACCAGCUGCUGAGAUUAAGGGAGAAGUAGAGGCACCAGAGUUAUCUGGAAGUUUAAAGGUGCCACAACCUGAGCUUAAAGCCAAGAAAGCCAAACUUGGUCCAUGUGCUUGUCUGGGUAAAUCAGGUAAAGUUAAAAUGGAAGAACCAUACAUGUCUGCCGAAGUAGGAGGGAAAGCAAAGGGAGAAUUAAAAGAAUUAGAUGCAGAACUGGAAAUUAAAAAUGAAGGAUUAAAGUUGGAAGGUCCGGAAGCACACGCCUCUGCUAGUGUGGAAGCUCCAGAGUUAAAGAAAGGCAAAGUUAAAGUGUCUGGAAAACCCAAAGCAUCUCUAGGGUCCUGUUUUGGUAAACCAAAGACACCAUCUGUAAGUGGAGAAUAUGGAGCUGAUGCUGGUGUAGAAGGAUCUGUAUCUGUUGAUCCUCAUGUUAAAGUUGAGGGUAAAGGUGUUGCUGGUCCCAGUGUUAGUGUUGCAGUACCUGAAGGAAAGGCUAAAGUUGAUAUUGAUUCUCCUGAUGUGAAAGUGAAAGCAGGGAAGCCCAAAGCUAAAAUUGGAUCUUGUUUUGGAAAACCGAAAAGUCCGGAAAUGGAAGGAGAAUAUAAACCAGGUAAACUUGAGGGUCCAGAAGCAAGUGUUGAAGCCAGUAUUAAAUCACCAGAAGUAAAGGGUGACAUCAGUGUUGAGUCUCCAGACAUUAAAGUGAAAGGAGAAAAGCCAAAAGCUAAACUGGGAUCCUGUUUUGGAAAACCAAAGAGUAACAAAAUCGAAGGUGAAUAUAAACCAGGGAAAGUUGACAUUGAAGGUCCAGAACUUGAAGGAAGUGCUAGUAUAGAACCUCUUGAAGUGAGAGGUGAUAUAGACGUUGAUGCACCUGAGAUUAAAGUAAAAGCAGGUAAACCAAGUGUUGCCAUAGACAUUGAUUCCCCUGAGGUGAAGGUGAAGGCAGGAAAACCAAAAGCUAAGUUAGGCUCCUGUUUCGGUAAACCAAAGACUCCCCAAGUUGAGGGUGAAUACAAGCCAGGUAAGGUUGAAGUGGAAGGUCCAGAAGCCAGUGUUGGUGGUAGUCUUAGCUCUCCUGAAGCUAAGGCUGAUAUUAGCAUUGAUGCUCCUGAUGUGAAAGUUAAAGGAGGUAAACCAAAAGCUAAACUUGGAUCUUGUUUCGGUAAACCAAAAAGUCCCAAAAUUGAAGGUGAAUAUAAACCAGGAAAAGUUGAGAUUGAAGGACCGGAACUGGGAGGAAGUGCCAGUAUAGAACCUCUUGAAGCCCGAGCUGAUAUUGGUGUAGACGUACCUGAACUUAAAGUAAGUGCAGGUGCACCAAUUGCAGAAGUCAGUGGAGAUUCUCCAGAGGUGAAGGUGAAAACAGGAAAACCAAAAGCUAAAUUAGGAUCAUGUUUCGGUAAACCAAAGACUCCCAAAGUUGAAGGUGAAUACAAACCAGGUAAGGUUGAACUGGAAGGUCCAGAAGCCAGUGUUGGUGGUAGUCUUAGCUCUCCUGAAGCUAAGGCUGAUAUUAGCAUUGAUACUCCAGAUGUGAAAGUUAAAGGAGGUAAACAAAAAGCUAAACUUGGAUCAUGUUUCGGUAAACCCAAGAGUCCCAAAGUUGAGGGAGAGUACAAACCUGGGAAACUUGAACUUGAAGGUCCUGAAAUCAGUGCUGGAGCAAGUGUCAAAACACCUGAAGCUAAGGCUGAUAUUGAUAUUGACUCGCCAGAUGUCAGAGUGAAAGGUGGAAAAGAAAUUAGAAAGCCAAAAGUAAAGUUUGGAUCUUGUUUUGGCAAACCCAAGGGACCUAAAGUUGAAGCUGCCUAUCAGCCUGGCGAACUGAAGUUUGCAGGACCUGAAGUACCAAAAGUGAAAGCUGAAGUUCCUUCAAUAGAAGGAAAAGUGGAAGUGGAACCAACAAAACUUGACAUCAGUCCAUCAGUAGACGUGGAACUUCCAGAACUUCCUAAAGUAAAGGGAGGAAUUGGACUAGAUAUUGAUGUUCCAAAACUUGAGCCAUCACUCAAGAUUGAAGGUGAUAUUCCAGAUUUACCCAAAGUUGAAGCUGAACUGGGAUGCAAAGCUAAUAUUCCAGAUAUAGAUAUAAAAGGUAAAAUUCCUAAAACUCGAGGAAUUAAUGCUGAAGUGAAUGUCGAUGGUGCAUUACCUGAAAUAAGCCUAGAAGGAGAUAUUCCAGAAUUACCAAAGGCAAAAGCCAGUUUGGACUUAAGUGGACAUAUUCCCAGUGUCUCUGGAGAUGUGAAAGGAAUAAAUAUAACAUUGCCGGAUAUUCCAAGUCCAAAAGUUGAAGCAGAAAUUGCAGGUGACUUACCAUCAGUUGAACUCCCGAAAGCUGAGAUUUCCCUUCCUUCAGGUCCCACAUUACCAGCUGCUGAGAUUAAGGGAGAAGUAGAGGCACCAGAGUUAUCUGGAAGUAUAAAGGUGCCACAACCUGAGCUUAAAGCCAAGAAAGCCAAACUUGGUCCAUGUGCCUGUCUGGGUAAAUCAGGUAAAGUUAAAAUGGAAGAACCAUACAUGUCUGCCGAAGUAGGAGGGAAACCUAAGGGAGAAUUAAAAGACAUAGAUGCAGAGCUGGAAAUUAAAAAUGAAGGAUUAAAGUUGGAAGGUCCAGAAGCACACGCCUCUGCUAGUGUGGAAGCUCCAGAGUUAAAGAAAGGCAAAGUUAAAGUGUCUGGAAAACCCAAAGCAUCUCUAGGGUCCUGUUUUGGUAAACCAAAGACACCAUCUGUAAGCGGAGAAUAUAGAGCUGAUGCUGGUGUAGGAGGAUCUGUAUCAGUUGAUCCUCAUGUUAAAGUUGAGGGUAAAGGUGUUGCUGGUCCCAGUGUUAGUGUUGCAGUACCUGAAGGAAAGGCUAAAGUUGAUAUUGAUUCUCCUGAUGUGAAAGUGAAAGCAGGGAAGCCCAAAGCAAAAAUUGGAUCUUGUUUUGGAAAACCUAAAAGUCCGGAAAUUGAAGGAGAAUAUAAAUCAGGUAAACUUGAGGGUCCAGAAGCAAGUGUUGAAGCCAGUAUUAAAUCACCAGAAGUAAAGGGUGACAUCAGUGUUGAGUCUCCAGACAUUAAAGUAAAAGGAGAAAAGCCAAAAGCUAAACUGGGAUCCUGUUUUGGAAAACCAAAGAGUCCCAAAAUCGAAGGUGAAUAUAAACCAGGGAAAGUUGACAUUGAAGGUCCAGAACUUGAAGGAAGUGCUAGUAUAGAACGUCUUGAAGUGAGAGGUGAUAUAGAUGUUGAUGCACCUGAGAUUAAAGUAAAAGCAGGUAAACCAAGUGCUGCCAUAGACAUUGAUUCCCCUGAUGUGAAGGUGAAGGCAGGAAAACCAAAAGCUAAAUUAGGAUCAUGUUUCGGUAAACCAAAGACUCCCCAAGUUGAGGGUGAAUACAAGCCAGGUAAGGUUGAAGUGGAAGGUCCAGAAGCCAGUGUUGGUGGUAGUCUUAGCUCUCCUGAAGCUAAGGCUGAUAUUAGCAUUGAUACUCCAGAUGUGAAAGUUAAAGGAGGUAAACCAAAAGCUAAACUUGGAUCAUGUUUCGGUAAACCCAAGAGUCCCAAAGUUGAGGGAGAGUACAAACCUGGGAAACUUGAACUUGAAGGUCCUGAAAUAAGUGCUGGAGCAAGUGUCAAAACACCUAAAGCUACGGCUGAUAUUGAUAUUGACUCACCAGAUGUCAAAGUGAAGGGUGGAAAAAGAAUUGGAAAGCCAAAAGCAAACUUAGGAUCAUGCUUUGGCAAACCUAAGGGACCUAAAAUUGAAGCUACCUGCCAGCCUGGAGAGCUGACGUUUGAAGGUCCUGAAGUACCAAAAGUGAAAGCUGAAGUUCCUUCAAUAGAAGGAGAAGUGGAAGUGAAACCGCCAAAGCUUGAUAUCAGUCCUUCCGUAGAUGUAGAAAUUCCAGAACUUCCUGAAGUAAAAGGAGGAAUUGGAGUAGAUAUUGAUGUUCCAAAACUUGAGCCAUCGCUGAAGAUUGAAGGUGAUAUUUCAGAUUUACCCAAAGUUGAAGCUAAGCUGGGAGGCAAAGCUAAUAUUCCUGAUUUACCCAAAGUUGAAGGCAAUCUGGGUGUUAGAGCAGGUGUUCCAGGUCUUGAUGCUACAGGUAAGAUUCCUAAAUCUCGAAGUAUUAAGGCUGAUGUUGAUCUUGAUGGAACAGCACCUGAAAUAAGUCUUAAAGGAGACUUUCCGGAUGUACCAACAACUGGAGCCAGGUUAGACGUAAGUGGAUCCUUCCCAGAUGUCUCUGGAGAUGUGAAAGGAUUGGGAAUUACAUUGCCAGAUAUUCGAAGUCCAGAGAUUGAAACAGAAGUUAAAGGUGACUUACCAUCCGUGGAACUUCCAAGAGCUGAGAUUUCCCUUCCUUCAGGUCCUGCAUUACCAGCUGCUGAGAUUAAAGGAGAGGUAAAGGCACCAGAAUUCUCUACAACUGUAGAUAUGCCAGAACCUAAGGUUAAAGCCAAGAAAGCCAAACUUGGAUCUUGUUUUGGGAAAUCUGCUUCUUCAGAACUGAAAGGUGAAUAUACACAUGGCAAGGUUGAAGCUGAAGGUUCCCUUGCUGGCACUGGCAUUGAGGGUGAUGUAAAUAUUGAUUCACCAGAUAUGAAAAUUAAAGGUGGAAAACCCAAAGCUAAAAUGGGAUCAUGCUUCGGGAAACCUAAGAGUCCGAAAGCUAAAGGAGAAUAUUCUCCAACCAAGGCGCAAAUGGAAGGAGCAGCAGUUAGUGGUACUGCAAGUAUUAGACCUCUUGAAACUAAUGCUGACUUCGAAGUUGUUGCUCCAGAUUUGGAAAUAAAAGCAGAAAAACCAAAGGCAAAUGCUAAGUUGGGAUCUUGUUUCGGGAAACCCAAAGGACCUAAGGUUGAAGGUGAAUAUAAACCAGGCGAAGUAAAAAUUGAAGGACCAGGUGUAAGUGGAAGUGCAAAAAUCAGUUCGCCCGAAGCUGAGGCUGAGAUAGAUGUUGGUUCUCCUGACCUGAAAGUGAAAGUGGAUAAACCAAAAGCUAAACUGGGCUCAUGUUUCGGAAAGCCAAAAGGUCCUGAAGUGGAUGGAGAGUAUAAACCAGACAAAGUUGAAAUAAAAAGUCCUGAGCUAGGGGCUGAGGGAAGUCUUAAAUUGCCUAAAGUCGAAGGAAACGUUGACAUAGGUUCGCCAGAUGUUGAAAUCAAAGGAGGGAAGGGAAAGUCAAAAGCUAAGCUUGGUUCUUGUUUUGGUAAACCAAAACAGCCUAAAAUUGAUGCUGCAUAUCAACCUGGAGAAAUUAAACUUGAAAGUCCAGAGCUUCCAAAAGUUCAGGUUGCUAUACCCACUGUAGAAGGAAAUGUUGAAGUGGAACCCAGUGUGGCCAUAAUUAGUCCAUCAAUAGAUGUGGAUGUGCCUGCUGUUGCAGGUUUAAAGGGAGGAGUCGACAUGAAGGCUGAUGUUCCUAAUAUUAAGCCAUCAUUGAAAAUUUCUGGUGAUAUUCCAGAUUUGCCAAAAGUUGAAGCCGAACUUAGAGGCAAAUCAAAUAUUCCAGACUUUGAUCUUGGAGGAAAAACAACCACAGCUCCAAAUAUAGAUGCUAAUGUUGGCCUUGAAAGUUACUUACCUAAGUUUGGGCCAGAAAUUGAGCUUCAUGGGGAUAUUCCUAAACUUCCCAAAGGAGAUGCCAGUUUGGAGGUAGAAGGCACUCUUCCAACUAUUUCAACAAAUGUUCAAGGAUUUGAUAUAAAUUCUCCUGAAGUCAAGAGCUCAUCAAUUCAUGCAGAAAUUAAAGGCGACAUGCCCACUAUUAAAAGUCCACAAGCAGAAUUAUCAGUGCCAUCUGGUCCUAGAUUACCAUCAGGGGAAAUUAAGGGAGAAAUAAAAUCUCCAGAGUUAUCUGCCUCAGUAAAUAUGCCCAAGUCAGGAAAGCCAAAAAUGUCGCUAGGAUCUUGUUUCGGCAAGCCCAAGGGGCCUAAAAGUGGACAGUAUUUAACGGAAGGUGAUAUUGAAGGAUCAUUAUCCGUGGACCCACAUGCCGAGGUAGAAAGCGGAGUUACUGGACCCUGUGGUAGCGUUGCACUUCCUGACAGCAAGGCUAAGAUAGAUGUCGACUCACCUGAAUUUAAAGUAAAGACUCAAACUCCCAAAGCAAAACUAGGUUCUUGUUUCGGUAAACCCAAAGGACCUAAGGUCGACGGUGAAUAUAAACCUGGAAAAGUUGAACUUGAAGGACCAGAGGUGAGUGGAAGCGCCAGCCUCAGUUCCCCAGAAGUUAACGCUGAGGUUGAUGUUGCUUCUCCUGACCAGAAUGGAAAAGCAUAUAAACCAAAAGCUAAACUGGGCUCAUGUUUCGGGAAGCCAAAGAGUCACGAUGCAGAAUAUAAAUACAAACCUGGGAAUGUUAACUUAGAAGGUCCAGAAUUCAACGUAAAAUUCCCAGAAGGUAAUCUACCAGAGUCACUGGAUGUAGAUGUGAAAGCCAAAGCUCCUGUUCCUCCAUCUCGCAGAGGGAGAGUAAAACUAAACGUAGACACUCCCGAAGUCUCUGCUAGGGGUAUGAUACCGGCACAUGAUGUCAAUAUGGACUUGAAAACUAAUGUUCCCGAUGUCUUAGUAGGGACGGCAGGGCCAUCUGUUGGAGGUGAAUUUAACUACAAAUUAAGGGAUCCUAACGCAAAGCUUGCAGUCAAAGUUCCUAAUGUCAAAGGCAGUGUUGACUUCCCAGGAUUUGAAGGUAAAAUUGGUUUGAAAACUGAUGUCCCUGACAUCAAAGGAAGUGCUGACAUCCCAGGAUUUGGAGGUAAAAUUGAUUUGAAAACUGAUGCCCCUGACAUCAAAGGCAGCGCUGACAUCCCAGGAUUUGGGGGUAAAGUUGAUUUGAAAACUGAUGUCCCUGACAUCAAAGGCAGCGCUGACAUCCCAGGAUUUGGGGGUAGAUUUGACAUGAAAGCUGCUGUCCCUGACAUCAAAGGCAGUGCUGACAUCCCAGGAUUUGGGGGUAGAUUUGACAUGAAAGCUGCUGUCCCUGACAUCAAAGGCAGUGCUGGCAUCCCAGGAUUUGGAGGAAAAUUUGAUAUGGAAACUGAUAUCCCUGACAUCAAAGGCAGUGCUGACAUCCCAGGAUUUGGAGGAAAAUUUGAUAUGGAAACUGAUAUCCCUGACAUCAAAGGCAGUGCUGACAUCCCAGGAUUUGGAGGUAAAAUUGGUUUGAAAGCUGAUGUCCCUGACAUCAAAGGCAGUGCUGACAUCCCAGGAUUUGGAGGAAAAUUUGAUAUGGAAACUGAUAUCCCUGACAUCAAAGGCAGUGCUGACAUCCCAGGAUUUGGAGGUAAAAUUGGUUUGAAAGCUGAUGUCCCUGACAUCAAAGGCAGUGCUGACAUCCCUGCAUUUGGAGGCAAAUUCGAUAUGAAAGCGGCUGUUCCUGACAUCAAAGGCAGUGCUGACAUCCCAGGAUUUGGAGGUAAAAUUGGUUUGAAAGCUGAUGUCCCUGAAAUCAAAGGCAGUGCUGACAUCCCUGCAUUUGGAGGCAAAUUCGAUAUGAAAGCGGCUGUUCCUGACAUCAAAGGCAGUGCUGACAUCCCAGGAUUUGGAGGUAAAAUUGGUUUGAAAACUGAUGUCCCUGACAUCAGUGGUAGUGCUGACCUCCCAGGAUUUGGAGGUAAAAUUGGUUUGAAAACUGAUGUCCCUGACAUCAAAGGAAGUGCUGGCAUCCCAGAAUUUGGAGGCAAAUUUGAUAUGAAAGCUGAUGUCCCUGACAUCAGUGGCAGUGCUGACAUCCCAGGAUUUGGGGGUAGAUUCGACAUGAAAGCUGCUGUCCCUGACAUCAAAGGCAGUGCUGACAUCCCAGGAUUUGGAGGCAAAAUCGAUUUGAAAACUGAUGUCCCUGACAUCAAAGGCAGUGCUGACAUCCCAAGAUUUGGAGGCAAAAUCGAUUUGAAAACUGAUGUCCCUGACAUCAAAGGCAGUGCUGACAUCCCAGGAUUUGGAGGCAAAAUCGAUUUGAAAACUGAUGUCUCUGACAUUAAAGGCAGUGCUGACAUCCCAGGAUUUGGGGGUAGAUUCGACAUGAAAGCUGCUGUCCCUGACAUCAAAGGCAGUGCUGACAUCCCAAGAUUUGGAGGCAAAAUCGAUUUGAAAACUGAUGUCCCUGACAUCAAAGGCAGUGCUGGCAUCCCAGGAUUUGGAGGUAAAAUUGGCUUGAAAGCUGAUGUCCCUGACAUCAAAGGCAGUGCUGACAUCCCAGGAUUUGGAGGAAAAUUUGAUAUGGAAACUGAUAUCCCUGACAUCAAAGGCAAUGCUGACAUCCCAGGAUUUGGAGGUAAAAUUUGUUUGAAAGCUGAUGUUCCUGACAUCAAAGGCAGUGCUGACAUCCCUGCAUUUGGAGGCAAAUUCGAUAUGAAAGCUGCUGUUCCUGACAUCAAAGGCAGUGCUGACAUCCCAGGAUUUGGAGGUAAAAUUGGUUUGAAAACUGAUGUCCCUGACAUCAAAGGCAGUGCUGGCAUCCCAGGAUUUGGAGGCAAAUUCGAUAUGAAAGCUGAUGUCCCUGACAUCAGUGGUAGUGCUGACCUCCCAGGAUUUGGAGGUAAAAUUGGUUUGAAAACUGAUGUCCCUGAAAUCAAAGGCAGUGCUGACAUCCCUGGAUUUGGAGGCAAAUUUGAUAUGAAAGCUGCUGUGCCUGACAUCAAAGGCACUGCUGACAUCCCAGGAUUUGGAGGUAAAAUUGGUUUUAAAACUGAUGUCCCUGAUAUCAAAGGCAGUGCUGACAUCCCUGGAUUUGGAGGCAAAUUCGAUAUGAACGCUGCUGUCCCUGACAUCAGUGGCAGUGCUGACAUCCCUGGAUUUGAAGGCAAAUUAGAUUUGAAAACUGAUGUCCCUGACAUAAAAGGCAGUGCUGACAUCCCAGGAUUUGGAGGUAAAAUCGGUUUGAAAACAGAUGUCCCUGACAUCAAAGGCAGUGCUGACUUCCCUGGAUUUGGAGGGAAAUUCGAUAUGAAAGCUGCUGUGCCUGACAUCAAAGGCAGUGCUGACGUCCCAGGAUUAGGAGGUAAAAUCGAUAUGAAAGCUGCUGUGCCUGACAUCAAAAGCAAUGCUGAGAUCCCAGGAUUUGGAGGUAAAAUUGAUUUGAAAACUGAUGUCCCUGACAUCAAAUGCAGUGCUGACAUCCCAGGAUUUGGAGGUAAAAUCGGUUUGAAAACAGAUGUCUCAGACAUCAAAGGCAGUGCUGACGUCCCUGGAUUUGGAGGCAAAUUCGAUAUGAAAGCUGCUGUCCCUGACAUUAGAGGCAGUGCUGACAUCCCUGCAUUUGGAGGCAAAUUCGAUAUGAAAGCUGCUGUGCCUGACAUCAAAGGCAUUGCUGACAUCCCAGGAUUUGGAGGCAAAUUCGAUAUGAAAGCUGAUGUCCCUGACAUAAGUGGUAGUGCUGACAUCCCUGGAUUAGGAGGUAAAAUCGGUUUGAAAACAGAUGUCCCUGACAUCAAAGGCAGUGCUGACAUCCCUGGAUUUGGAGGUAAAAUCGGUUUGAAAACAGAUGUCCCUGACAUCAAAGGCAGUGCUGACAUCCCAGGAUUUGGAGGUAAAAUUGGUUUGAAAACUGAUGUCCCUGACAUCAAAGGCAGUGCUGACAUCCCAGGAUUUGGAGGUAAAAUCGGUUUGAAAACAGAUGUCCCUGACAUCAAAGGCAGUGCUGACAUCCCUGGAUUUGGAGGCAAAUUCGAUAUGAAAGCUGCAGUGCCUGACAUCAAAGGCAGUGCUGACAUCCCCGGAUUUGGAGGUAAAAUUGGUUUGAUAACUGAUGUCCCUGACUUGAAAGGCAGUGCUGACAUCCCUAGAUUUGGAGGCAAAUUCGAUAUGAAAGCCGCUGUCCCUGACAUCAGUGGCAGUGCUGACAUCCCUGGAUUAGGAGGUAAAAUUGAUUUGAAAACUGAUGUCCCUGACAUCAAAGGCAGUGCUGACAUCCCAGGAUUUGGAGGUAAAAUCGGUUUGAAAACAGAUGUAUCAGACAUCAAACGCAGUGCUGACGUCCCUGGAUUUGGAGGCAAAUUCGAUAUGAAAGCUGCUGUCCCUGACAUUAGAGGCAGUGCUGACAUCCCUGCAUUUGGAGGCAAAUUCGAUAUGAAAGCUGCUGUGCCUGACAUCAAAGGCAUUGCUGACAUCCCAGGAUUUGGAGGCAAAUUCGAUAUGAAAGCUGAUGUCCCUGACAUAAGUGGUAGUGCUGACAUCCCUGGAUUAGGAGGUAAAAUCGGUUUGAAAACAGAUGUCCCUGACAUCAAAGGCAGUGCUGACAUCCCUGGAUUUGGAGGUAAAAUCGGUUUGAAAACAGAUGUCCCUGACAUCAAAGGCAGUGCUGACAUCCCAGGAUUUGGAGGUAAAAUUGGUUUGAAAACUGAUGUCCCUGACAUCAAAGGCAGUGCUGACAUCCCAGGAUUUGGAGGUAAAAUCGGUUUGAAAACAGAUGUCCCUGACAUCAAAGGCAGUGCUGACAUCCCUGGAUUUGGAGGCAAAUUCGAUAUGAAAGCUGCAGUGCCUGACAUCAAAGGCAGUGCUGACAUCCCCGGAUUUGGAGGUAAAAUUGGUUUGAUAACUGAUGUCCCUGACUUGAAAGGCAGUGCUGACAUCCCUAGAUUUGGAGGCAAAUUCGAUAUGAAAGCCGCUGUCCCUGACAUCAGUGGCAGUGCUGACAUCCCUGGAUUAGGAGGUAAAAUUGAUUUGAAAACUGAUGUCCCUGACAUCAAAGGCAGUGCUGACAUCCCAGGAUUUGGAGGUAAAAUCGGUUUGAAAACAGAUGUAUCAGACAUCAAACGCAGUGCUGACGUCCCUGGAUUUGGAGGCAAAUUCGAUAUGAAAGCUGCUGUGCCUGACAUCAAAGGCACUGGUGACAUCCCAGGUUUUGGAGGUAAAAUUGGUUUGAAAACUGAUGUCCCUGAUAUCAAAGGCAGUGCUGACAUCCCUGGAUUUGGAGGCAAAUUCGAUAUGAAAGCUGAUGUCCCUGACAUCAGUGGCAGUGCUGACAUCCCUGGAUUAGGAGGUAAAAUUGGUUUGAAAACUGAUGUCCCUGACAUCAGUGGCAGUGCUGACAUCCCUGGAUUAGGAGGCAAAUUCGAUAUGAAAGCUGAUGUGCCUGACAUCAAAGGCAAUGCUGAGAUCCCAGGAUUUGGAGGUAAAAUUGAUUUGAAAACUGAUGUCCCUGAUAUCAAAGGCAGUGCUGACAUCCCUGGAUUUGGAGGCAAAUUCGAUAUGAAAGCUGAUGUCCCUGACAUCAGUGGCAGUGCUGACAUCCCUGGAUUAGGAGGUAAAAUUGGUUUAAAAACAGAUGUCCCUGACAUCAAAGGCAAUGCUGACAUCCCUGGAUUUGGAGGCAAAUUCGAUAUGAAAGCUGCUGUGCCUGACAUCAAAGGCACUGGUGACAUCCCAGGUUUUGGAGGUAAAAUUGGUUUGAAAACUGAUGUCCCUGAUAUCAAAGGCAGUGCUGACAUCCCUGGAUUUGGAGGCAAAUUCGAUAUGAAAGCUGCUGUGCCUGACAUCAAAGGCAUUGCUGACAUCCCAGGAUUUGGAGGCAAAUUUGAUGUGAAAGCUGAUGUCCCUGACAUAAGUGGUAGUGCUGACAUCCCUGGAUUAGGAGGUAAAAUUGGUUUAAAAACAGAUGUCCCUGACAUCAAAGGCAAUGCUGACAUCCCUGGAUUUGGAGGCAAAUUCGAUAUGAAAGCUGCUGUGCCUGACAUCAAAGGCACUGGUGACAUCCCAGGUUUUGGAGGUAAAAUUGGUUUGAAAACUGAUGUCCCUGAUAUCAAAGGCAGUGCUGACAUCCCUGGAUUUGGAGGCAAAUUCGAUAUGAAAGCUGAUGUCCCUGACAUCAGUGGCAGUGCUGACAUCCCUGGAUUAGGAGGUAAAAUUGGUUUGAAAACUGAUGUCCCUGACAUCAGAGGCAGUGCUGACAUCCCUGCAUUUGGAGGCAAAUUCGAUAUGAAAGCUGAUGUCCCUGACAUCAGUGGCAGUGCUGACAUCCCUGGAUUAGGAGGAAAAAUUGGUUUGAAAACUGAUGUCCCUGACAUCAAAGGCAGUGCUGACCUCCCAGGAUUUGGAGGAAAAAUUGGUUUGAAAACUGAUGUCCCUGACAUCAGUGGCAGUGCUGACAUCCCUGCAUUUGGAGGCAAAUUCGAUAUGAAAGCUGCUGUGCCUGACAUCAAAGGCAGUGCUGACAUCCCAGGAUUUGGAGGUAAAAUUGAUUUGAAAACCGAUGUCUCUGACAUCAAAGGCAGUGCUGACCUCCCAGGAUUUGGAGGAAAAAUUGGUUUGAAAACUGAUGUCCCUGACAUCAAAGGCAGUGCUGACCUCCCAGGAUUUGGAGGAAAAAUUGAUUUGAAAACUGAUGUCCCUGACAUCAAAGGCAGUGCUGACCUCCCAGGAUUUGGAGGAAAAAUUGGUUUGAAAACUGAUGUCCCUGACAUCAAAGGCAGUGCUGCCAUCCCAGGAUUUGGAGGUAAAAUCGGUUUGAAAACAGAUGUCCCUGACAUCAGUGGUAGCGCUGACAUCCCUAGAUUUGGAGGCAAAUUCGAUAUGAAAGCUGCAGUGCCUGACAUCAAAGGCAGUGCUGACAUCCCUGGAUUUGGAGGUAAAUUCGAUAUGAAAGCUGCUGUCCCUGACAUCAAAGGAAGUGCUGACAUCCCUGGAUUUGGAGGUAAAUUCGAUUUGAAAGCUGCUGUCCCUGACAUCAGUGGCGAUGCUGACAUCCCCGGAUUUGGAGGCAAAUUAGAUUUGAAAACUGAUGUCCCUGACAUCAGUGGCAGUGCUGACAUCCCAGGGUUUGGAGGUAAAAUUGACUUGAAAGCUGCUGUCCCUGACAUCAGUGGCAGUGCUGACAUCCCCGGAUUUGGAGGAAAAUUCGAUUUGAAAGGUGAUGUCCCUGACAUCAAAGGCAGUGCUGACAUCCCAGGAUUUGGAGGUAAAAUUGGUUUGAAAGAUGAUGUCCCUGACAUUAGGGGCAGUGUUGACAUCCCAGAAUUUGGAGGCAAAUAUGAUAUGAAAACUGAUGUCCCUGACAUCAAAGGCAGUGCUGACAUCCCAGGAUUUGGAGGCAAAUUCGAUUUGAAAGGUGAUAUCCCUGACAUCAAAGGCAGUGCUGGUAUCCGAGGAUUUGGAGGUAAAAUUGGUUUGAAAGCUGAUGUCCCUGACAUCAAAGGCAGUGCUGACAUCCCUGUAUUUGGAGGCAAAUUCGAUUUGAAAGCUGCUGUCCCUGACAUCAAAGGCAGUGCUGACAUCCCAGGAUUUGGAGGAAAAAUUGGAUUGAAAACUGAUGUCCCUGACAUCAAAGGCAGUUCUGACAUCCCAGAAAUUGGAGGUGAAAUUGGAUUGAAAGCUGAUGUCCCUGACAUCAAAGGCAGUGCUGAUAUCCCAGGAUUUGGAGGAAAAAUUGGUUUGAAAACUGAUGUCCCUGACAUCAAAGGACGUGCUGACCUCCCAGGAUUUGGAGGUAAAAUUGGUUUGAAAACUGAUGUCCCUGACAUCAAAGGCAGUGCCGACAUCCCUGGAUUUGGAGGAAAAAUUGGAUUGAAAGGUGAUGUCCCUGACAUCAAAGGCAGUACUGACAUCCCUGUAUUUGGAGGAAAAAUUGGUUUGAAAACUGAUGUAACUGACAUCAGUGGCAGUGCUGACAUCCCAAGAUUUGAAGGUAAAAUUGAUUUGAAAACUGAUGUCCCUGGCAUCAAAGGCAGUGCUGACAUCCCUGGAUUUGGAGGUAAAAUUUAUUUGAAAACUGAUAUCCCUGACGUCGAUGGCCGUGCUGAUAUCCCAGGAUUUGGAAGUAAAGUUGGCUUAACAUCUGAUGCCCCUGACAUCAAAGGCAGUGUUGACAUCCCUGGAUUUGGAGGCAAAAUUGGUUUGAAAACUGAUGUCCAUGACAUCAAAGGCAGUGCUGACAGCCCUGGAUUUGGAGGCAAAAUCGGUUUGAAAACUGAUGUCCCUGACAUCAAAGGCAGUGUUGGUGCUCCAAGACUUGUGGGCAAGACUGACUCACAAUGCGAGGAUCCAGAAGCGAGAAAUUGGGCUGGUGUUCCAGUGUUCAGGGGAAUAUUCCCACUUGAUGACAAAGGUAACUUGACAGCUGAGUCUCCGGAAAUCCCCAGCAGUAUAGCUCUACCUGAAGCUCGAGGCUCAUUUGCUUUGAAAUCUGAUGUUUUGAAGCCUAGCAGUGAGGUUCCUGACUUCGAGAGCACGGAUGGUUUGGAAACUGAUGCUCCUAUCAUCAAGGGUAGUAUCGGUAUUCCAGGAUUUGGAAUCAAGAGUGAAAUCAGAUCCGGCAUUCCUGUUCUGAAAGGUAGGGCAGAUGCUGCUGCGUCGUUGGGAAAAGUUGAAGGGAGAGCAGAUGUGUCAGGUUUAACCAGUAUUGGUGCUGACGAGGGCGGAGAAGGUGUUCAGGAAUCAUUGGAGACUGCGGAACUGAAAAGUAAAAUACCAUCUUUGAGUAUCAAAUCUCGACUACCUGAGCCCAGCGUCCCAGUGUCAAUUGAGGCUAAUAUUCCAGAGACGAAACUUGGCUCAGAAAUAGAUUCUGUCAAGCAUGAACAAAGCUUCAGCUUACCUGAAGUCAGCCUGAGUGUUGGAGGGCAUGGAUCCAGGAAGAAAAGAAGAAGUGGUAAGAAGAGAGACUUACCAGAAGUUAAGACUGACGAAAUCCCUGAGGAGAAAUCAUCUGAGACUCUCAGGAAAUCUGAUGCUGGAACAUCUGAACUUAUUGCUCAUGCCAAGCUUGGAUCCAUUGUACCUGAUAUUUCAGCCCACGAAGAAAAUAUUGAAGUUGGGGAUAAUUUGCCAGAUGUAACAGUUAAAAGCAAAAUACCUAUAUUCACAGGCGUAGCAAAGACAGAGGAUGUGCCAAGUAAAGAUUGGGUCCAGCUGAGAGGCCCUGUAGUUAGCGCUAGUGGCAUUCCCGUGCUGAGCGGACGUGUAUCAGAAACUGAUACAGUUGCCACUUCUCUUCCGGAAAGAUCGCAGGGAGUAGGGGCCUUACAGGGGAACAUUCCAACCAUGACAGUCCAGUCUGGUGCAGCUCCCAUUGGAUGGGUACUGCCACAGCCUACCACACACACUACCCCACCUCCCAUUGGAUGGGUGCUACCACAACCAACUUCACAAACUACCAUUAGUCAGAGAGUUGUAGUUAGAGAAGGUCAGCCUUAUAGUCAAGAAAUCUUAUUACCACAUUCACAGGUUGUUAGUGAGUUGGCGCCAGGUCAAGUAGAUUUUUCACACACUCUUGUAUCUGACGGGUCAGGUCCUCGUAGAUUUAGUAAAGAGUACACAAUAUCUACAGAAGAAGAGAGAGCCCAGGAUGUCGAAUCUUAUAUUAAGGGUAAAUUGGGUCCAUUUAAAAUUACUCCCGAGAGAACAGUGGCCCUAAGUAAGAGGGAAGUGCUUGAAGGUGAUGGUGAAGCCGUUCCCAGCCGGUCUGGAGAAGAGUGGAGCCAUCACCAGAGCUCACAUCCCCCAGGCGAGUGGGUCGUCGGCCCUUAUUCUUACCAAGUCAAAAUGGAGACAGAUUCAGAAGGCAAAAUAUUAACAACACCUGAGAUUACAGACAUACAGAAUAGAUUAAACAUGGGGGGAGACGUAGAUUCAAAGGGAGGUAAACAGUCUCGUACUGUGUUUGUAACUGAAGAUGCUGGCGGCAGGGUUGUGGUUCACAGAAGAAUUGAGUCUUCAGAAACCAUGAUACCAGAGAGUGAGAGCCACACACUGGUGACUCAGGCAUCCCCAUCAACCAUAACGUCAACCAUGACUACCACUGAAUGGCCACCAAAGACCAUCACAACACACAGAACCGUUCGGGUUAGAAAAAUUAGGAAAGUAAAAGUUGGCGAUGGUCCAGAAGAAACGGUUGUUGAAACUGAAUACGAGACCACCCCAGGCCAGGAAGACGAUUUUAGAAUAGAAGGUUUUGAUGAUAGUGGGGCUCUGCGCAUCACAUCGGGGACUGGGCAAGAUCUGUCACACCUGCCACCUGAACUUAGAGAAACCUCUCUACUCCGCUUUGGUCUUGAUCAAAGGGAGACACCUGGGGAAACACACCAAACCUUGCAAACAACUGUGAGACCAGGGGAAACACACCAGACCGUGCAAACAACUGUGAGACACAUACCACCCGAAGAGUUUGGUGAACAUUUUCCUGAGGGAUUUGAUGAAAAUAUCCAUAAAAUUAUGGGGGCGACGACGACUACGACAACGGUGCGAAAAGUCAAGGUAAUAAAACGAGACGAGAGUGGAAAUAUAAUCGAAUACGAAGACGACAGCGGGGACCUGAGUAUGAUACCCUCUGAUCUGACCUCCGGCGGUGUCACCACCACCACUAGCACCACCAGUGAUGGAGGAACUACCACCACCACAACCACGAGAGUCAUAAGACGAGUGAUUUCAGGCGACCUGACGGAAGACGAGCUGAGAGAGGCUCUUGCCGUCAGGGAGUGUGAGGGCGGAAUAGUCGACGAAGGAGACGAUGCUUCCGCCUCUCAUAGAACACAGAAGCUGACCAACUUCUUCAAGAUGGGUGUUCAGGAUGGAGCAGGAGUGGUGGCUCAGGAGCCCCAGGCCCAGGUGUACAGCUCUGCUCCCUUGACCACUUCCAUCAACUCUACAACAAGCUCUGAAGCCAAGGUUACUAGCAUUACCAAAGUGGGUACCGGGGCAGGGAAUGGUUUUAUCCAGCAACAGCCCCAAGUUAGAGUACUCACCCUGAACCAUGGGGAUCAUCUUGACUCUACACUGUUUCGUCUACAAAAAGGAUGGGUUCUUCAGCUCCGCCCAGGCCCAUCUCUGCUGGGAAGAGCUGUCAAUGUCUUCACUAACCACCCAGAAGAUAUAGAUGAAGGCUUCUCUCGCACCCAUUAUAGACGACUUCAGUGGAAAAGUGAUUCGCGUAAUAAGGGUGAUGAUACAGCACUAUAUGUUGAAGUUGUUAUUCUGAUGGCUGGAUCCUUCCACUACUAUUUCACUUAUGAAGAUGGUGAGGAUCGGGAGAAGGCUCAGGGCUCUGGCUUUUUCCUUGUGGAUCCAACUCUGACAGUCGGCCUUAAUGAUGAAGUGUUGAAUCAAGAUUGUGUUCAGUGUCAAACAGUAUUAUCAAAAUGCCUAGGACCUAUACCAGAUUGGGAACAAAGACUGCAAGUAGCUUAUGAAACAGGUUACAACAUGAUUCACUUCACACCCAUCCAGGAACUUGGCGAAUCCAAUUCAUCAUACUCUCUAAAAGACCAACAUAGCCUCAAUACAGAAUUCCACACUCCUGACCAUCAGUAUAGUUUUGCUGAUGUUGAAUCUCUGGUGAAAAAGAUGAAGGAAGAAUGGAAGAUGUUGUCCCUGACUGAUGUAGUGCUGAACCACACAGCCAAUGAGUCUCCGUGGCUUCAAGAACACCCUGAGGCCACAUACAACUGUAGCAACUCUCCUUAUCUCCGUCCUGCAUAUCUCUUGGACCGUGCUCUCUACCACAUGACUCUUGAAGUGGCUGAAGAAAAAUGGGAACAUCAGGGUAUUCCAGUAGCCAUCAGAGAAGAAAAACACCUGGAGGCCAUAAAAAAUGCACUGCACAGCCAUUUCCUACCUCAAGUAAAACUUCACGAGUUCUACACUUUGGACGUAAGUAAGAUUGUUGACGAAUUUCGUCGUAGAAUCUCUGGACCAGUCCCCUCCACUAAGAAACCUACUGAUGAGACUUCAAAGGAAACAUUGGUGAUCAUUCAGGACCCCCAGUAUGGAAGAAAGACAUGUACAAUUGAUAUGAAUAUUGCAGUUAGACUCUACAAUAAGCCCAGAUCUGAAGCCCGUGAUGAGGAAGACCGUAUUAUGCGUUGCUGUGCUGAAUUCCGUCAACAUUUGGAGACCCUUAAUGAGCAGCGCACAAGUGAGAUCCAGGCACACCUCAUCCAGGCUGUUGAGUGUUGUCUGGGUACUGUUCGAUACCAGCGCCUUCAACCUGAUGGGCCAAUGAUUGCCGAAGUGUCAGAAGAGAAUCCAUUAGUUCCUCCAUAUUUUUUACUCAUUAUGGGCAAAAAAAGGGCACAAACCCUGGAGGAAGAAGAGGCCUUAAUGUUUAGCUCAAAUGCUUGCUUUUUGAUGGCUCACAAUGGCUGGGUCAUUGGGGACGAUCCAUUAAAAAAUUUUGCUAGACCGAACUCGUAUGUUUACUUGAGGAGAGAAUUGGUUGCUUGGGGUGACAGUGUUAAGCUUAGGUAUGGAGAUCAACCUGAAGAUUCUCCAUAUCUUUGGGACCAUAUGAAACGCUACUGCGAAUACACAGCUCAAAUUUUCCAUGGUAUACGUUUGGAUAAUUGUCACUCUACGCCUAUUCAUGUUGCUGAGUAUAUGUUGGAUGCAGCAAGGAAAGUUCGACCAGACUUGUAUGUUAUUGCAGAGCUAUUCACCAAUUCUGAUCUGACGGACAACAUCUUCAUCAAUCGCUUGGGAAUCAAUUCACUAAUUCGAGAGGCUAUGUCAGCUCCCAAUUCACAUGAAGAGGGCCGUCUUGUUUAUCGAUAUGGAGGAGAGCCUGUUGGUGCUUUUCUGUUACCACCAGUUCGACCUCUGGUGCCUUCCAUAGCUCAUGCUAUGUUCUUAGAUCUGACACACGAUAACCGCAGUCCAGCAGAGGUGCGCACAGCUUGGGAUAUGUUGCCAUCUACUGCUCUAGUCAGUAUGGCAUGCUGUGCUUCAGGAUCUAACAGAGGUUAUGAUGAGCUUGUUCCACAUCAUAUUCAUGUGGUAGACGAGACAAGAGUGUAUACAGCUUGGAAUGAUAUCAACCCAUCAAGAGGAGAGGUCAAUGUUAAGAGUGGAAUAAUAGAGUGCAAAAAGUUACUGAACAAACUUCAUUAUGACUUGGGAUCAAAUGGAUAUAAUCAGGUAUACGUGGAUCAGGUAACCGAACAUGUUGUGACUGUAACCCGCCACAACCCUGUAACUCACCAGAGUGUUGUGUUGGUAGCGUAUACAUCUUUCCGCCCACCAUCACAAAUACAAGACUCUUCUAUUCGGCCUCUGAAGGUACAGGGUCGUUUGGAAGAGAUAAUUUUUGAAAUGCAGGUUAAAGGAAAGAAGACAGGUGAUGAAGACAAAAACAUUCCUGGACUCUUCACAAAUGAUUCAGAAUACAUCAAUGGAAUAAAUGGAUUUUCUGUAGAAGUAAAGGAACACCUGUCACCCAGUCAGUCAAGUAUGGUACGGAUGACUUCCGGUGGCGAUUCUGAAACUUCGGAGUGUGAAUACACGUCAAAUUUCACUCCUGGAUCUGUCAUUGCCUUUAGAUUAAGCCUACUUCCUCGUGCUCAGUCUGCUGUGAAUAAGAUUCGAGCAACCUUGUCAGAGUUUGGUUACAAGUCCAAAAUCUCCGAAGUCACAACUCACAAUGCUGUAUUAUCAGAUAUUGUGAGCAAUCUCACUUUGGUAGAUCUUAACCGUGUGUUGUACCGUUGUGAAGAGGAAGAAAAGGAUGAAGGCCGGGGCUCAGGAGCAUAUAAUAUCCCAAACUCAGGACCAAUGGUUUACUGUGGCUUACAAGGUGUGAUCUCGGUGCUAAGUGAGAUUCGUGUGCUUAAUGAUCUGGGUCACCCACUGUGUGGGAAUUUGCGAGAUGGUGAUUGGUUACCAGAUUAUAUUGUGGCUCGUUUGAAGUUGGAGCCCUCAACCCAACGACUUGCUGUAUGGCUUGAGGAGGUGUUUGGAUGGCUAAAGGAUGUUCCACGCUAUCUCAUCCCAGCUUACUUUGAUUCCAUUGUGACAAGUGUCUAUCUUACUCUCAUCAACAGAGCAUGGUCACUAAUGGGAGAAUUUGUUGCUCAGGGUUCAGAUUUCGUAAAGGCUUUAGGUCUGUGCUCUGUACAGUUCUGUGGCAUUGUGAGAUCUGCAUUAUUGCCUCAAUUAUCACCAAAUUUAGCUUUACCUCAGCCUCCAGUUGUCUCGGAUGAGUCAGAGGGCCAAAUACAGUUAUCUUCUACUAUUGCUGCUGGACUCCCACAUUUCUCUAUCGGCUAUAUGCGUAACUGGGGCCGGGAUACAUUUAUUGCUUUACCUGGCAACCUCCUCAUCACAGGCAGAUAUGAUGAAGCCAGGUGGAUCAUCUUGGCAUAUGCUGGCACGAUGCGACAUGGUCUUAUUCCAAAUCUCCUUGAUGGGGGAAAGAAAGCACGAUUCAACUGUCGAGAUUCUGUUUGGUUCUGGCUCCAGGCUAUCCAGAGGUAUGUGACAGUUGCUCCUAAUGGUUACCAGAUCUUGAAAGACAAAGUGUCACGCCUUUUCCCUACUGAUGAUUCUUCCCCUCAAGAAGCAGGCAAAUAUGAUCAACUACUUGAAGAUGUGAUACAAGAAGCACUUCAGCGCCAUUUCCAGGGAGUGGAAUUUCGUGAGAGAAAUGCUGGUUUCCAGAUUGAUCGUCAGAUGAGCAAUGAAGGCUUCAAUAACCGAAUUGGAGUUGACUGGGAAACUGGUUUUGUUUAUGGUGGCAAUAUCCAUAACUGUGGCACGUGGAUGGACAAGAUGGGAUCAAGCGACCUAGCUGGAACAAAGGGUAAACCAGCAACCCCUCGUGAUGGAAGUGCAGUUGAAAUCAUUGGCUUGUGCAAGUCUGCUCUACGUUUCCUGGGUCAGAUGCACCAUGAAAAUAAAUUCACUUACAACAGUGUUGAAAGACAGGAUGAUACAGGAAAUGUAACUAAGUGGACUUAUGAAUUCUGGGAAAAGAAGAUACAGGAAAACUUUGAAAAGUAUUUCUGGAUCAGUGAGCAACCUUCCCCAGAAAUGGAACCCAAACCUGAGCUGAUCCACCGAAGAGGCAUCUACAAAGACUCCUAUAAUGCUUCUCAAUUUUGGGCAGAUUAUCAGCUCCGGUGCAAUUUUCCUAUUGCCAUAGCUGUGGCUCCUGAAAUGGUAAAACCUCAACAUGCUUGGGUUGCACUAAAGAAUGCAGAGAAGUUCUUGCUAGGUCCUUUGGGUAUAAAGACGCUUGAUCCCAAAGAUUGGGCUUAUGAGGGUAACUACGACAACUCUAACAAUUCAACCGAUCCCAAAGUUUCUCAUGGCUUUAACUAUCAUCAGGGACCAGAAUGGCUUUGGCCUGUUGGAUGGCUUCUCCGUGCACAAUUAGCAGUUGUCUCUAAGGUUGGGGGAUUUGAAGAGCUUGGACGCACUUUGGGUCACGUGAAAUCCCUUAUGGCACCUCAUUUAACAUACUUGUUAAGUGAUCGCUGGCGUUCACUCCCAGAGUUAACUAAUGCUGAAGGUGCCCACUGCAAACAUUCAAAUCCAGCACAAUCUUGGAGUACAGGGUGUUUACUUGAAGUAUUGUGGGACUUGGACCAAGUAGAACGGAGUUUAAAGCGUUCCAGCAUGACAAGCAUGUGAAGAGAUCCGGGCUACGCCACCAUCCAUGCACAAGAUACACCACUCCAGCAACACCCUGUACCCCCAUAUGCAUCUUCACAUUUGUGCCAAACAUACCAAGCCAGUGACUCAUUGUUUCAGGCAUCCUCUAACAGUUUAAAGUUCCCCUCUGACAGCAACAGGCAGCACCAGAGGUUAAGUCUUCAGACAGAGCAGCAGAUAGCAAUCCCUGACCCAGCAUAUACAAGCCUGCAGCAACGAGCUCCACAAGCCAGCAGGAUUGUUAUCACGGCGAAGAAUGUGGAUCCUCUAUGUUCAUUUGUAAAGGAAGUGGAUGUAGGCAACACAAUUAUAUGUUAUGUUCCACGUAAUGUUGUGUUCAGUGAAGACCCAAACUUGUUUGAUACUGUAAAUGAUGUUGUCCGUGUAAAGUGUUCCCAGUCUGAUAUCAACUUUUCAAUGGCUCUUCUACAUAAGCCACAGCAGCUCCCAAAACAUUGUCUUGCUGUUUGGACAGUUGAUGAUCGAAUUAGGCGGCAUGCGAUGUGGAGUAGCCCAGAAUAUGUUAACUUUAAAUAUGAAAAGCCUCAGGCGAGUGUGAAAGCUCCCUGGUUCCGAGGAAGAGGUGCGACAAAGGGACGCCUGUUACACCCCUCAUCAAGGGGUCCAGUUUUGAUAGGUCCAGUGUAUCAGAGUAGAUCAGGUUCAAAGAAAUAUCAGGGUAAAGUUCCCUCUAUAGUAGCCUUACUGACAAGUCAUGCAAAGAGUUACCACAAAAGUCAAAAAACCCUGAUACAGCCUGAUGUCCACGUGCCAGUUCCAAAGCUGUACCAUGACAAUCUUUCUGCGACAGAAAAAGGGUUCUGGCAGCAAAGGAGGUUUUCACCUGUUUCCCAAGAGAUACAGAAAGCUCUGACUAAAGAAACUAAACAGUGGCAGGAAGAAUCGCAACCAGGGAUAGAAAGUGUAGUGGAUUCAUCUGUGCAUAAAGAUAUUAUCAAUAAGGAGAAGAGAUAUGGCUUUAGUUACCACCUUGAUCCUCCUAUUACUACAGGACAGUUGCGGCCAUCAAUUCUCAAUUUACCACCGCCACCACAGAUGCCCCUACCACCAGUUCCAGAGGUUCAGGAUCCUGCAGUGCCAGGUCCAUCUUCAAGAAGUGAUCUCUUCUCUUUAUCAGGGAAGUCAGGUAUGCCAUGGAAAGAAUUACCACCUCUCUCUCUGUCGAAAGGUCAUGAAAUGUACAAACCAGUGGCUUAUAAAGCACAGAGAAUCUCAGAGUCGGUUACAUUUUUAAAUCCAUAUACUCGACAAGCAGAACAUGAACAGUCACUUAAAGAUGAGAAAGCAGAUGAUACAACUGUAACCCCACACUCAGAAAGGCAAAGGAGAGAGUCUACAUGUCUGUUUUUACCAGAAGAAGUCAUCAAGCCUCAUCAUGUAAACAAACAAAAACUUUCUGCUGUGUUAGUUUUGUCUUUGUUUGUUGUUUCCCUUGUAAUGUUCUAUCUUGUUUAUUUUCUUUAGUUAUUCUUGGUUGUACAUUUUUUUUAGUAAUUUGUAUAGCUUUACACUAAUGCAUUUUACUAGAUGAACAUACCUUUAUGCUGUUCUGGUGGAGCUUUUGUAGGCUUAGUGUUGUAGCUUACAUGACUUCCUAAAUGUCUUUUAGGGGAAGAUAAAAAGAAAAAAAAAGUGAUUAUGUGGUAAAUAGGUUAAGAAAAAAGUCAUGCCCCCCUGAAACUUUUGUAAUUCAUAUUGUACAUCUGAUUAGGGUAGUAGAACCAUUAGCCUAUAUAGCAUGUUGUUAUCACCCAUGAUAUGCUCAUGCAGGUCUAGUUAUUGCAUGUACUCAUUACUUAGUGAUAUCUUACCCUGUGUGUUGCCUAUUAUAGAUUUUUAAAUACUGUUAAAUGAUAUAUAAAGUGUUGCUUUAUGCAUAAGGAUGGUGUUGUUUUGAUAUUUAUAGGUCAUAUGCAUAGUUUAAUGUUUAUAUAUUUUCUUGAUGCUUGAAUAAAUAAGUUUAUUGCUGAAA